AUGUGUGUUGUUUUGAUGUUUAUUCUGCUGCUGCUCUUGGCUGCUUGUUUCACUGCUUAUGGUCAACCAGAUCAUAUAAAGCCCCGCUAUCAAAAAUUCCUCAAUCAGCAUUUGGGUCCUCAUGUGAGUGAACGUGCUUGUGAUAGUGAAAUCAGAAAGAGACACAUCACUGCCCCUGGAACUGCAAAUGGCUGCAAAGAAGUCAACACUUUCAUACAAGCAAAUAAGAAUGAUAUUAAAGUAGUUUGUGGCAAAGGAGGAACUCCACAGGGCAAUAAUCUGUUUAAGAGCAACCAGCGUUUUCCCCUGGUCACGUGUAAAUUACAAAGUGGGCAGAGACACCCAAAUUGUAAAUAUAGAGGGAAGAAGUCCACUCGUUACAUUGUUUUAGGGUGUGAUAGAGGAUGGCCUGUACAUUAUGAUGAAGGCAUAAUUAAUGCAUUGAAGUCUGAUCUUACGUUUGGAGCAAGUUGUAUCUGUAUUUUUCUGAGAUUUAUUCACAACAUUGCUGCUGAUUACUAUAAAGCCUCCAGGCAAAAGAAGACAACUGUGAGAAUUCUUAUCCACAAAUGCACAAUUUCACACAAAUAUUUCCGGUUUACGAGCAGCCAGCCUUUUCCUGUGGUCACAUGUAAAUUACAAAGUGGAGAAAGACACCCAAGAUGUGUAUAUGGUAAAGGAAGUGGGUCCACUCGUAACAUUGUUUUGGAAUGUGAUGAAGGCUGGCCAGUACAUUAUGCUGAAGGCAAAAUUAAUAGAUAGACGACAGGCUAAAUAUGGGGCCUCUCAAAGCUUAACAAUAUUUUGCUAAUCAUUUGUUCACUUCUCCUUUCCACCGUUCUUUGUUUUUGAAGUGCAAUAAAAAAUCUAAUCUGCAGUGGCUUUAACCAGUUUUUCACAUAAAUAUGGCAACCACAAGUUGACAGUGUAACCAGUGAAUCACAGCUGUGCCAACAUUAUAUGUACUUUAAAACAUGGCAUUGUAUGUUGUAA